AUGGAUUUAACAGUUCGUAAACAACAACAACAACCGUCACCAGCUCCUCCAUCACGACCUAUUUUAAAUCCAGCAGCACCAACUAGUAUGUUACAAGGCUCACCUGGUCGAAAUUCUCCUCAUUUACCUCCUCCUCCUUCAACAGCAACAGCAGCAACAACAACAACAGCGAACACUAUUCCUUCGCAUAAUUCAAUUUCUCAGCAACAAAUUAAACAACAAUCUCAUCAAUAUGUUCCUGUACCUCCUGCUGUUCAACAACAAUUAAAUCAAGUUCAACAACAUCAACAACGUGUUAUGCAUCAAUCAAAAUAUGUUCAAUUACUUAAUGUUAUUGAAGAAAUGGGCAAAGAUAUCAAACCAACAUAUGCAGGAAAUAAAAAUUCAGCUGAACGUUUAAGACGUGCUAUUGCUUCAGCUCGUGUACUUGUUCGUGAAUGCCAACUUGAAUGUGAUCGAAAUAGUCGACCUUAG